CCCACCCAACCAAACAGGUUCUAAUCUCUAUCUGUACGUUACUUUUAUUAUUCUCUCUUUUUUGAUUUGGGUAUUUCUCAUUCCACUCACAAAAACUUCCCUUUUCACCUUCCCAGAAUUCACCCUUCAACCGCUAUCUGCCGCGCCGCCGCCUCCGCCUUUGCUAAACUCUAUGAAUUGCAAGAUAAUUCGGUUUCUAAGGUUUUUAAUCAGCUCUGUAUCAAUUCUCGCCGCCGGUUAAUUUGAAUUGGAAUCAACACUAUUCGAUGCUAGUGAUUGUCGGAAUCUUACUGAUUUUCGGCCUGGUAGUUCGGUACAAGUGGAAGAAUGGGGCUGCGAAGAAGGAGGAGAUUUUGAGGCUAGUUGCUGUAGCCUCGGAAGAGGAGGAAAGAAUUGCUAGGCUUCAAGCUUUUGAAGAAUACAGUUCACCUCCGCAACCUCAGCCGCAGCUCGAGAAGCAACAUUAUUGUGCCGUUUGUCGCAGCCCCACCACUACAAGGUGCUCACAGUGUAAAGCUGUUCGAUACUGGUUGCCUUUUAAUGGUUUGAUUCGCAAUUUGUCAGCUCAAAGGUACGAUGACCACUCUCUUGAGACGAAGAGCUUCAGGGUUGAUUAUGACCCGAGUAUGGUGUCUCUGACAGCUGACAAUUGUUUAGGGUCUUCCUCUUUGCAUGUUAAGUUAAUUAGUUCUGGCAAGUGCCAAAUAAUCCACUGGAGACAAGGUCAUAAGGAUGAGUGUCGGCAAGCAAGUUCACCGGGUGCUGGCUACAAAAGUGGAUAUGAUGUGGAAACUGCUUCAGAAAACCAGUCUGCGACUCACUUGCAAAAUGAAAUGAAAAUUUGUUCUGAUGCCGGUCAAGAAUUUAAUGAUUCUCGAUCUUCAAGUAGCUCGACAUCUUGCUUCUGUUCUUCCACCGAACGUAGUGAAUCAUCAUCUGAUGCAUCUACCAGCGAGGCUGUUGAGUUUGGAACACCUACCCAGCCAGAUAAAGCACUGCCUGUUGCUUUCCGUUCUCACAAGUCAAAAACUAUAUCUCGGUCUUGUGAUGCCGAUGUGCCAACCCCAUCACCAUCUGUUUAUUCAGUUAAUCACCCACCAGGUGGCAGCAAGAUUGAAAAGACGAAGGCUGAUGAUAGCCUCAGGUCAACUAGCAUUAGAAAUAAAAGGAAAGGAGAUAGUGUUGCUGUGUUGGAAGAGUUUGGACAGGGUGGAAGUGAGUUGAGGACUGCAAGAUCCUCCAGUGCUGCAAGGACAUCUUCAACUGAAAAAUGUAAAAAUUUAGCUCCGAUGCCUGCUGAUAAAGUGACAAGAAUCGCUAGGUCUCCUGGUAACCGUGGUAUGCCAAAUGUAGAAUCUAAUUCAGAAUGCUCCAAAUCUUUGAAGAUGCUGCCUUCAGAUGAGUAUUGGAGAAAUGAAUCACAAGUUUCCUGCAGUAAUGAAAUGAAAUCAACACCUACAUUUGUAAGUACUGGAAAUUGUCAGAAGUUGCCUUCGAAAACGGAUAAUCGUCAUAUAAUUUCUUCGGAGACUGAAGGUGUUCGAAAUAUGCCACAAGAGACUAGCAAGAGUCUGAAAACAUCUGUACAGAAAUUGGUGCAACAUUUCAAAGCACCAAAGCAGAAUAUGGUGACAGACUUGGGUGGAACUUAUAAACAUAAGAUAAUAUUUCCCGUCAAGCUUUUCAUGCAGUUAUACUCUUGUGAUGAUGUGGAACUCCAUCCAUAUGGCCUUGUCAACUGUGGAAAUAGCUGCUAUGCAAAUGCUGUGCUGCAAUGCUUAACUUUUACUCGGCCAAUUGCUUCUUAUCUUCUUCACGGGUUGCAUUCGAAAACAUGCAAAAAUGUGGUACACAAAAUGGAAUCAACAUGUCUUGAGGAUGCUGGUGUCUCUGGUUCAUCUUCUGAAGAUUCAAGCCUUAUGGACCUGACUUUUGGCGGCUAUCUUCGGUCCAAGAUCAAAUGCAUGAAGUGUUCAGGAAGAUCUGAAAGAUUUGACCGAAUGAUGGAUCUUACCGUAGAGAUCGAUGGGAAUAUAUGGACACUUGAAGAUGCUCUUACACAAUUCACGAAAUCUGAGACACUUGGCGGAGAUGAUAAGUAUAAGUGCAGUAGAUGCAAGUCUUACGAGAAGGCUAAGAAGAAAUUGACUGUUCUUGAGGCCCCUAACGUUCUUACAAUCGUUCUCAAGCGAUUUCGGUCGGGCAACUUAGAAAAGUUAAAUAAGUUUGUGAAGUUUCCCAAGGUUCUUAACCUUUAUCCUUAUAUGAGUGGAAUGAACGACAAGUACCCUGUAUACGAGCUUUAUGCAGUGGUGGUCCACUUGGGAAUGAAUGCUGCUUACAGUGGCCACUAUGUGAGUUACAUCAGAGAUUUCAAGGGGGAUUGGUUCAAAUUUGACGACAGCCUGGUAAGUCACGUGGACCUGGAGACUGUGUUAUCUGUAGAAGCUUACAUUCUCUUUUAUGCAAGGCAUUCUCCACGAGUCCCAUCGUUGGUUAGGAGCAGCAGUUUGCAUUCUGAUGCGAAAACCAAGAGAAAUACGGAAGCAACCUCCUCAAGUAACAACAUUUCCAAGAAAAAGAAUUCAAAGGCGAAACAAAACUUCUCUGGCCGGCAUGUGGACCCCACAUCUCCUCGUCAGCUUUCCGGUAAACAACCCCAUUGGAUGUCUCCAAAUGAUUUCACGGGGGAGCAUGAGGUGGACCCUUAUGGCUGGGGAUUCCACAAAAACAACCCGCUAGCUGACUCAUCAUCAAGCGACAGCUCAUCCAUUUUCAGCACAUCGGAUGCUGGUUCAUACAGUACUGACGGCACCAAGGACUCUAGUGCAGAUGAUAUAUCUGGAUAUUUUUUCGGGUCUGGCUGGUACAACCCGCAAAAAUUGCAUUUGAGCCCUUGACCACGUGAGAAAUUUGGUAAUGGUGUAUAAAUAUUCUUGCUUCGAUUUGUGGCUGAUAUUUGCUUGGAGGUUGCUGACCUCAUGAAGCUUUCAAGGGAAUGUGUGGAGAAAGACACAGGGGCUGCAAUGGAUUAGGUCAGGCUGGGUAGUAACGGACUCGAACCUAGCCCGCACACGUGCCCAUGGACCCGCCCUGGCCUGUGACCAGCGAUGGGUCUAGAAGGUCGGGGCUACAACUUGGCCCAUUCCGAGGAGCCGGCCGUCGCCGUCGGCCGUGACUAGCCGGGCGUCGACCACUUUGUCGGCCGCGAGGCCGUACUUGCACAUCAAUAAACAUUCAAGCAUAAUAUAAUUUUUACAUUUUCCAUAAAUAAACUUACACUUCCAAGUGUAAAAAAAAGGGGAAAUUACUCAAAAAAUUAUAUUAUUUCUUUCUAUUAUUUUUUCUUAUAAUAAAUACUAUUGUUAUCUUCACUCACAUAAAAUGAUGUGGUGGAAGUUAUAAACCAAAUAGAUGUCCACACAACUUUUUGAUACCCAAUUUUAAUUUGCUAAAUAUUUUGUAAUUUUUAAGGUGGGUUAUCAUCGGUGUUUAGACAUUUAAAAUAAGAAAUGUAACAGACAUUUUUAUUAUUUUUACACCAAAAAUUUCUGUCCUCAAGAUAUUUUUUUUUUAAAUGUUGUAUAUAUAUAAAGUCAAA